AUGAAGUAUCUAGAGAAGGGGGUUGUCCAGAUGAGGAAUAGUUGGAUGCCCAAGACUAAUUUAAUUCUUAAUUUUGAAGAUAACUCACGAAAACCAUGGAACCGAACUGCACGCCUCGUUGAAUUAAGUAUUUUUUUCUAAUUAACUAUUAGUCUUUUAAUACAUGUAUUUUACUUAUCCUUCGGCAAAACCCAUUCACGUCUGUAGAUCCAUCAAACCGUUAAUUCAUCAUAUGAAUUAGAAAACGAAAUGAGUUUUGUAGGAUAAGUAUCAGAUCUAUUGUCUCAUGCUCGAUGGAAAAAACCUAAAUAAUCUGUCCAACACCCAAACUAUUGGACCGUAGUAAAAGUACCACAUAUGGCACAAGAGUUUAAGCUAUGGCCAUUUGUGUUGGAGACUAGGAGAAUGAUUAAAUCCUGGUCUACAGAAAAACUUUCAGUUAGAGACAGAUUAGUUACAAAUCGGGGGAAAUAUCUGUGACAGUGUGGUGGGAAAUGAAGAGCUAGUUUUUCUGUGGCCUUCAAAUAGUUGAUAGCCUGCUACAGAAUAGUGUUAGCCUAGAAAACUUUUUCCCGAAAACUAUCCCUGUGAGUCUUGAUUACUCCUUUAUAGGUAACGGACGACGCGAGGAAAGGGACCGGUUGAAAUUCAACGGAUUAUUUUUAUUCAUCAGAAAAAAAUUGGGAAAUGACAAAUAUAUAUAUAUUUUCAUAGCCUACAGUUGUAUGGACUCGUAUCUUUGCGCCUGGGAGAGUGAUCAUCCCCCGACCAGAACUCUCAUCAUGACUACCUGAACCACGCACAGAGCAAUGGCGACAAAAGCAUCGGAAUUUUAAACCACGUGCGUUUUAAUUAACCGUGUGCCAAGAGCAAAAGCAUUGGGAUUUGCAAUCUUGUGGGUUCCAACGGACCAUGUGAAGAACCUCUUAUGGAGGCCUUUCUAAGGAUGUGAGAUGCUUGGCCUUGAGGAAUGGGACCCCACUUUCUUCAAUGACGUAGACUAUUCAAAAUCGAUGAGGUAAAGGAAAUAGAACUUCACGAAAUUUAGAUUGUAUUAACGAGGAUAAAAAAGAUUCGAUUACAUAAAAGUCAAAGGAAAUAAAAUAAAAAUGAUUUCUCCCUCUUAUUCUGACAGACUUGUGGAGAGAACAGUGCCUCACGCAGGAGCAUCCUUGGUUGAUCCUCUUCUUGCUGCACCAAGGGAGAAGACCCAUGAUUGUUGCCGGUGCUGUCACCACCAGAAGGGGGGAAAGGAACGAGCUGGCCAACAUAUGGUGUGCUGUAGUGGCGCCAAGGAAGAGAGGAGGAGCAGGCCAUCCCCAUGGUAAGAGAGGGACGCACCAAAGGAAGAAGGGAAGGAAUGAGAGGCCUGUUCGUGAAUGAGGGUCCCAGCAGGCGGCCGGUCUUCUUUUAGAAUCGUAUGCCCCAUUGUAGGCAUGCCCCUUUUUAUGCCCCUCUCAAUCUGCAAAAAUAACAAGUUAGUUUUACAGUUUUACAUUUUUAUGUUCACUAAUUUUUCAAUUGUCUAUGAUGAAACUAAGAAUAUAUGUAUGCUCAUAGUCAUGCAUCAUAAUUAUCUAUUAAUCUUCUUUUCUCUAAUAACUAUUAAUCAUAUAUUUCUCCUCUCAUUUAUCUUGAUGCUCUCAUCUUAGUAAAAAAUAGAAAAAUGAUAUAAUUCAUAAACCAUCAUGUGAAAAUACAUAAGUAGAGUAUUAAAUGUGUACUUGAUGAACUCUAUUUAGAGGUUAAAUAUGUCAUCAUGAUAUAAGUUCAUAUAAAUAAUAUUUAUAAACCCUCAUUAUUUGCUUUAGGAUAAGUAAGGGUCAAUCUUCAAGGAACGUGGGUAAUGAGAGUAAGAAUUUUACUUAUUUUAUUUCUUAGAUAUAUAUAGAUAUACUUGAGAUUGUGAAGGGCAUAAUUAAAUCUAAAAAGAGUGAAGACAAGAGAAAUAAAAAGUGUAGCAAAAGGGAGAGAAUAUAUCUAAUACAAUAGAAUGAUAAAAUAAAUGAUAAAAUUAGUUCAAACUAAGAGUUAAUCUAUCCAUGAAAAGGAUUACAAGAAUGUCCUAAAUCUAGAUCUUACACAGACCUCAUUGUGCGUCAGUUAUAGGCCGAGUGGUUCUUGAUCCACAACGAUCUUGAUACAUUCCAAGUAGUCUUUUUUACAUGACAAUCUUGAGUAUGAAAAUGCUAUUGAUCGAGAUUUGAUUUUUCUCUUUUUUCCUUCAGCUAAUCACUACUAGAGAGAGAGUUAAAAAGCAUCCUCCAAGAGGGGGAGGCAAGAUAUCUUAGACCUCUAGAAAAUUAGGGCCCUCUAAUAAAAGAUUAUGAUUAAUAACCGACUCUCUUAGUGGAUGGCCCGAUUUCUUCUAUAAAUAUGGUGUUCUAAUCUUCUUUUUAAUCUCAUCUCAAGGUGCCCUAAGAUGGGUAGCCUAGAUCUCAUCCCUUGAUAGCCCUUUUAAGUCCAAAUAGGCUAGGCAAAGGUGAUGCCCUCUCUUGAGCCCAUAAAACUGACAUUCAUGGAUGUUGAAUGAAACAAAUGAUGACAACAGGCCAUUAGAAGAUAUAGAAAGCAUAAGUUUGUGUGUUGAUUUUACUUCGUCACAUUAUUCUUAUUGUGAUUUUGACAUUUCUGAUGACAGUUUAAUUUAUUAA